UGUCCAUUUCAUGCAAGUGGCCAAGAUGCAGUCAGAUCGCGAGUACAAGAAAGCCUAUGAAGGCAGCAAAACGAGAUACAACACGCCUGCCGAUACUGUCAGCAUUAUGGCUGCCAAAGAAGCACAAGCCAACAUCACCAAUACCAAUUACAAAAGGCUCAUCCAUAAAUAUAUCUUUCUGCCGGAUGCCCUGAAUGUAGAAUUGGCCAGAAAUAUGAAUCGGGUUCAAAGUGAUCAUGAAUAUAAGCAAGAUUAUAAUGAAUAGUAUAAAGGUCUUGGUUGGAGCCCUGCUGGGUCUUUGGAUAUUGAGAAG